AUGUCGUGUGCAGAACUGACCCUCGGCAGCGUCGAACGAUGCCUCAAUACAUCCCGAGCUCUGCAAAAGUAUACCUUCGAGGUACAUGGCGGCUUUCACCAGCACCGGCAGCAAGAGCUAGAGCAUCUCAUACGAAUUCAUGGAGGACGGAUCGCUGCUUCAGCACCUGGCAGCAGGAGCUUCGUCGUACAACCAUGUCCCAAGAGUGGCAAGCAGAAUAUGACGCCAUUGCAGCUCCUCGAACUCAUACUGCCACGCACUAAGCAGUCCGGCCAUCACGCUGCAUUACCUCGACAUGAAGCCGACCACACUCCCAGCAUUGGGCCGUCAACCGCCUUGAGACUGAUGGUCGAGCGAUGCCUCCAGCCUGCCAAGUCCUUGAUCGAAUCCUGGUCUGACUUUGCAACGUGCGAUCACUUCGUAGAUCUGCCGGAACCCAGCCUUUAUGUUCACCGUUCCAAGCGCACUCUGAAACUGCCCUGCCGAAGUAGUAAGGCACUCAAGACAUUGUGCGAGUCAGCAAAGGACGAAACAGAUUCCGACUUUGGGUACGAGAACAGCUCAGAUGAGUUCUCAGAACGUGAAGAGAUGGUGAGCUUCUCUGGCCGUCCCAUUCAAAUUGAGCCGAAGAUCCUGGAACCAUCGCAGUUUGAGAUUCGCAACCAUGAUUGGGAGCGCAUGGUCGCCGACCAAACACGGCCUCUUCUAGACAAGCUCGGCUUACUGCAGAAUCGCUCAAUACAGUCGACAUCAUUGCUCUAUUUGUCGAUCAAUAGCGGAGCCGACGAGGAAUUCACGGUCGACCAAGGAACUUCGACAGUCCGCCUGGUCAUCGAGCUUCCCACUAUGUCCACUUGCCCAUACACACGUGACGUACAUCUCGGGCAGGCAGGCGCCACUGCGAACACGGAGAGACUUUCGGGGCGAACCCAUGCCAGUGCAUACAUGCACGGAGUACAGUGUAAGGUGAAGUUCGUGAAUAAGAAGUGGGCCUUUCGCGCAGCACUGCACUACUCUGUACGGCUCUCUAGUCCUGCAGCUCCAGAGAUUGCACCUUUGGCACCUGUGCACUUCGCGGGCCUGCGAGACGUUCUUAAAGUCUGGUCGAAGCAAAUGCAUAUCCCGACGACUACACACCAGCGGCGAUAUCCCAACAGACUGCUGGUGCCACUGGAAAAGACGUCAAACAGUGAGCCCGCGAAUCCUAAUGAUCUGUCGAAGAUUGCUCGAUGCGUUCUUAACGAGCUUGAGCGAAUAUGCACAGAUGUUGAGGUCGAUAUCGUACUGGCCAAUCUGACUAUCCGUACAAGUGGACGUCUUGUAGGGUCUGUAGGCUUCGAUGAUUACAGCGAUGACAUACACGACUUGCGUGAUGCCGGUGGCCCUGUUAACGUCAGCUACUAUGUCUAUAUAGCCCCGAAGGAUCGAAGCCACAAUGUGAAUAUAGCGGUGGAUCCAGCCUCGAUCGUGUGUUCCGACUUGAUAUACACCGAGCAAUGCGACAAGGAAAACUAUGAUGCGAGCCCCAACACUUCUGAGGAUGGGUAUCCUGAGUCGAGUGGCGACGAUGACUACUACGGCAAAGAAGUCGAACGGCGCUACGAGAGACACUGGUACCGCCAGGUAGCAAUCCUCAUACCAAGCGUCAACAGGUAUGACUUCGAGCUUGACACCAAGGCGGCGUUGUAA